AUGCCUUUCUUCUCCAACCCGUACCGAGCGGCCGCGCUUGCGGCGCGCCGUGUGUGGGAGAACAUUAAGAGAUGGCCGUGGCAGCUAUUUAGUGACAGUGUCUUGGCCCGUGGUUGUGCCCAACGACUCGCACGGUACAGGUGCACUUCGGUCCGUGCUGGCGGGCAGCUGGAGGAGCGCGGCAUCAUUGUGAGCCGUACGCCACCGAUCCGCCUGGGGUGUAUGCGCGCCUUGUCAAGUCUUGGACACGGCAGGCCACCGGGCGAUUUCGGAUUCGAUACGGCCCCUCCUUGUCGGCGGCGCCGGGUGGUGUGGGGCCGUGGAUUUGAGCCCAUCCCCGCCAACUUGAGAUGGUGCGCUCCCAACCCUAUCUAUGUCUACGGCUAG